UCGCCAUGGCCGCCGCUGCGGGGCUGGCGCUGCUGACCGCGCUGCUGGCGGCGGCCGGGGCCGAGCGGGACCGGAAGGUGUCCAUGCAGUACAACCCCGGCUGGGACAACUCCUCUGUGAACCUGCUGCACGUGCAGGCAGUGGGGCCCAGGGACAGCCUGCACUACGUGUGGAGCAGCAUCGGGGCCCCUGCCGUGCUCCUGGUGGCCACCCAGAGCCCCAGCAGUGCCCUGAGGGUCAACUGGAGCCGGCUGCUGUCACCCAGCCCUGCUGGAGCCAUCUGGAUCGAGCCUCCCGACAGCGUGGUCUAUUCCACAGCCGUGGUGUUCACCAAGCUGUUCGAGUUCAGCGAGGCCAAACCUUCAGGAGAGCUCUUCUACCCCACCUAUGACCUGGCUGAGUUCUCCUGGGACAGCCUCAACCACACCCUGAACCACACAGCGCUCACGGCCGAGCUCCGCGGGGUCCCGGCCACCGACCCCGGGGGUGGCUUCUCCAACGGCAGCCUGGCAUUCCGGAUCACAGCCUACGAAUCCAGUGGCCGUGCUGAGCGCCUGCCCAGCCUCCUGCACACAGCAGACAGCUCCCAGGUGGAAUUUGUCCUGGCUGGGGUGGCCCCACGAGGAAACAGCUCCCGCUUUGUGCUGGAGGUGGCCACGGUGGAGGAGGCGGGGGCGGUGCGGAGGCUGCGGGCGCAGAGAUCCAUCGAUGACGAGUACACCCCCACCAUCUUCGAGGUGCUGUCCCUGGUAGCUGAGUCCCAGAACAGCAGCUCCACGCUGGGGUUCCUGCAGUGGAAGGCGACGGCGUACGGCUCGCGGAGCCCGCGGCGUGAGGACAGCAUCCAGUGCCGGGCUCAGGGGCUGCACGAGGCCAGCUGGGGCCUGCCUGUGGCCACCAUCCUCCAGGCCUACUUUGGGAACAGUUUGGGCAGCACCUGCACCAUCAGUGCCCUCAAUGUGUCCUUUGGGGGAGAGGAGGGAGAGGUGUACCGGGAGAAGAGAUACCUCAGCUGGUCGGUGCUGCUGGGCUUUGGGGAGCCCCCCAGGGACACCUUCUCCCCGCUGGUGAUCUCCAUCACGGCCGUGGCGCUGGGCACGCCCCUGGCCAUGCUGCUGCUGGGCAGCUGCGUGCUGCUGCUGGCUCAGAGGAGGCGCUACUCGGAGUACGAGCCCAUCAACUGAGGGGGCAGGGCCCCAGGAGACCCCCGGGACCCUCCUCCCCUUCCCGGGAGUGCUGCCGGGCUCUGCCUCCCCUCCCAGCCCCGAGGGGACCAGGGUGACAUUGCAGCUGUCCCACCUCACAUGUCCCUGUUCCUCCCACUGCCACCUCCUGCACUGCGUUGUGCUUCCUCCCCAGAUUUUUUCCUGAUCCACGCAGCUAAGGGAAGCGAUGGGGGGAGUUUGGUCAGGAAAAUCUUCCUCUUCCUCCUCCUGCCAAGGGAUACAACCACUGCUGUCCUGGCUGCAGGCCAGGGAUUGGCUCCAGUGCCACUUGCAGGGAUGCUUGGGCUGAAGGACAGCACUCCUCCUUCCCAGCAAAUCCUGGGACUCACGGACUCCUCCCCGCUCCUGCUGUGCUGGCCUGGGACACAGGGACACCCAGGGCAGUGUCACAGCAGCUGCUCAAGCUCAGGUGUGUCCUGUCAGCUCAUGGAGGGCUGCUCCAGCCUGGCUGCCCCACAGGGCUGGAGCCCAGGUGCUGCCCAGGUGGCAGGAGCCCUGGGCUGAGCGUGGCCUGGGGCUGCUCGGGCUUCUCAGAGGGAUCUGGGGCCGUGCUGGGCUCCAAGUUCUCCAUCACUGACUUGUCUUCAACCAAAUAAAUUGGAUUUCUAAACACA